ACGAUUUAGCUUUGCAUGAGUCAUGUGACGUUAAAAUGGCCGAUGUACUGGAUAGGCGGUCAUACCAUAUUUCAUGCCUAUUUCCAGAGAUUUUAACAAUAAUUUUCACGCAUUUGGAUGUCAAAGACAAAGGAAGGGCUUGCCAAGUGUGCGUUGCAUGGCGUGACGCAGCAUACAACCGACGAGUUUGGCGGGGAGUGGAGGCUAAACUCCAUUUAAAACGUUCAAAUCCCUCAUUGUUUACUAGUUUGAUGAAACGUGGUAUCCGAAAAGUACAAGUGCUUAGUCUACGAAGAUCAAUCAAGGACGUUGUGGUAGGAAUAAACAAUCUCGAAUCACUUAAUCUGAGUGGUUGUUUCAUACUGAAUGAUGCUUCGAUCGCUCAUGCGUUGACUAGAGAGAUCUCUUCACUUAAAGUACUAAAUUUAAGUUUGUGUAAACAGUUGACCGAUAGAAGCCUUGAAAAAAUUGCUCAACAUCUCAAGAACUUGGAAGUGUUAGAACUAGGUGGCUGUUCGAACAUCACAAAUGUAGGUCUAUUACUGGUUUCAUGGGGCCUUAAGAAACUAAAAGUGCUUAAUUUACGAAGUUGUCGCCAUAUCUCUGACAAUGGCAUUGGUCAGCUUUGUGGCUUUUUGCCAGAAAAUAGACAAAUGGAUUAUCUUGAAACGCGUCCAGUUUCUGGAAACUUUGAACUUGAGCAUUUAGGAUUACAGGAUUGUCAAAAGUUAACAGAUCAAAGCCUGAAGCACAUUAGCAGUGGGCUGGUUCAUCUCAAAUCUGUUAAUUUGAGUUUCUGUGGUGGUAUCACAGACGCUGGUAUUAAAUUCUUGUCUCGAAUGCCAAACUUUAAAGAACUCAAUCUGCGAAGCUGUGACAACAUCACCAACACUGGACUUGGUUACCUGUCAGAAGGUGGAUCACAUUUGGAAGCUAUUGAUGUCAGCUUCUGUGAAAACAUUGGAGAUCAAGGAUUGCAGUUCCUGGCACAUGGAAUGUUCUGUCUGAGACAUCUAUCAUUGGGAGCUUGCAACAUAAGUGAUGAUGGACUUCUUAGAGUUGUUAAUGCCUUGCAUGAAAUGCUUACGUUGGAUAUUGGCCAAUGUGCACAAAUCACCGAUAAAAGUCUUAAAGCCAUUAGCAAAAAGUGGAAGAGUCUCAAAAGUAUAGACUUGUAUGGUUGCACAAGAAUCACAACUGUUGGUCUGGAGAAAAUCAUGCGACUUCCAUGUUUGAGCACUCUUAACCUUGGCCUUUGGCACAAAAAGGGUUAAUAAGCCACGUAGAUACCGGUAGAUAUAAAAAAAGAGCAACACAAUUACAUGUAAAAAAAGUAAUUAAAAUUUAUUUUUUUAUCCUAGUUGCAUAAAUGGAGAAUUAACAUUAUAAUUGACCAUAACUCAAAUCAAGAGAUGUUUUUAAGCUUUUAUGUUUGCCAAUUUGGUAUGGAUAAAUAGUAUUAGUAUUAUACUUUGUAAGGUAAGACUGAAAGAUACAGCAUCUUAAGGACAUCUUAAAGGUGAUUUCAUUACAAGUCUUAAAGCCACACACUUUGAAAUGAAAUACAUGUUAAUCCAUACAUAUAGAUGGAAUUUGAAAGUGUGCAAAAUUGUCAUUAAAUCUAUAGCCUAGUUAGCAAGUAAUUUAUUAUUUUUAGCGAGGCUGUUUUCGGAGAAAACCCGAGCGAUUGUCAUAGCCAGCUUGUUGUCCAACGUCCGCCGUAGGCGUCGUGCUUAAACCUUAACAUUGGCCAUAACUUUUUAAAUAUUGAAAAUAGCACCUUGAUAUUUAGCAUGCAUGUGUAUCUCAUGGAACUGCACAUUUUGAGUGGUAAAAUUUCAAGGUGAACAUCAUCCUUCAAGGUCUAGGGUCGAAAAAACAAAGUCAAGGGAAGUAAUAAGCUUUAAAUGGACAUAGUUAUCUGACCUGCCCACGUAUAUAUUUUUGUUAAAUAAAUCAAAGUGGCGCAGUAGGCAGCAUUGUGUUUCUGACAAACACAUUGUGGUAAAAGGUCAAGGUCAUCCUUUACGGUCUAUGGAAAAAAUACAAAUUUAAGGGAAGUAAUAAGCUUUAAAAAGAGAGAUAAUUAUUCAAUAUUGAACAUAGCUAUUUAUAUAUUUGGCAUGCAUGUGUAUCUCAUGGAACUGCACAUUUCAAGUGGUCAAUCACAGUCACGGUAGUGGCUUUUAAUUAUUUGCUACUAAAAAUAGAGAUUUGUUAGAGACAAUUUUUCAAGGCCACAGGCCUUGGUUGUCAGUGAUGUCUGACAUGGUCAAUAAUUGACUGUGAGACCCCCCCCCCCCCUCCCCUCUGGUUGGAUUGGACAAAAUUCAAGGGAAGUAAUAAGCUUUAAAGGGAGAUGAUUUCUAUACCUGCCAAAUGAUAAAUAGCAAUUUUAUUUCAAAGCGGUGCAAUAGUGGGGCAUUGUGUUUCUGACGAACACAUCUCUUGCUAUAAUUAUCAUUUCUUACCUUUUUCUAAUUUGUGAAUGCUAGUUUUCAUUAAAUACCAGUGGACUUAUGUCCAUACAUACAUGAUGAACUCUGGCUAUGAUCUCUUUGAUAAACCACAGGCCUUGGUUGUCAGUGAUGUCUGACUUGGUCAUUUUUAACUGUCUACAGACCUCCCCCCCCCCUGGUUGGAUUGGACAAAAUCCAAGGGAAGUAAUAAAGCUUUAAAGGGAGAUGAUGUCUAUACCUGCCAAAUGAUAAAUAGAAAUUUUAUUUCAAAGUGGCGCAGUAGGGGGCAUUGUGUUUCUGACAAACACAUCUCUUGUUGGGUCAAAGUUCAAGGUCACUGUGACCUCUAAAAAAAAUUCUGACAAGCUUUCGCAGCCAACGUGGCACCCGUUAUGUGGUGCUCUUGUUUUCUUGUUUUAAAACCGAAAGUAGGAUUUCUAUGCGUAAACGUGCAUUUCGUCAAACAAAAUUAUUUUUAAGUUUUAAAGCGCAAAAAAAUGGAUUUCUACCUUGUAACCACCAGAUAUAUUCUAAUUGGCAAAGAUAAAAUUAAAUCUAUAGCCUAGUUAGCAAGUAAUUUAUUAUUUUUCAAAUAGUGCCACUUUUAAAAUCGAAAGUAUAUUCUAAUUGGCAUAGAUAAAAUAUGUUUCUUAUUUAUUCUUCAAUUUACUUUCAUUUCAAUGUGUGUGGUCUGGCUUCAAUAAAUAAUGUCUGGACCCACAUUUUAGCUGGGUUUGUAAGGUGUGACUGAUUUGUUUACUGGUUCAUUGGUUAAUUUGUUAUUGAUAAUAACUAAUAAAUUGUUAUAUUAUGUGGCCUGCAGAAAAACAUAUAUGCAUCUAACUAUACUUGUUAUGGAUGCAGUAAAGUGUAUGAUUUAAACAAUAUUUUGUGCCAGUAAAGAUGUGUAACACACGCAGGCAACAUAUUUUAUUUAAAGGUGCUAAUGUAAAAAACAUGCAAGAUCUUAUUCGUAAAAUAGAUGUUCUAAUGCUAAUAUAUAUUAUAUCAUGUCGUUAUAUUCCACCUUGUGUUCAUGAAGUUUAUGAAUAAAAUUGUGCUUAAUUUAACCCUUUGCAUGCUGGGUAAUUUGUCAUCUGCUAAAAUGUUGUCUGCUGAAUUUCUAAAAUUAGCAUUUUCUUCAAUUUUUUUCAAAGAAUACUAUCAGAAAAGCAAACAGUUUGGAUCCAGAUGAGACGCCUUGUUCUGUGGCGUCUCAUCUGGAUCCAAACUGUUUGCAAAGACCUUCAAAAUUCGGUUCCAGCACUGUAAGGGUUAAUGUUUUCAAAUGUACAACUAUUGUUGUUUAAUUUUGUUGUUAAUUUUAUGAAUUUCAUAUUUUGAUAUUUUUAUAAAGUGUUUGGAAUAUUGGUGCAGUAAAUAAUUUCAUUCCCACUAUUAUCUGCAUUAUUGAACAUGCAAACAUGUUUGUAUACACAAUAAAUAUUUAACGC